AUGGCCGGAAACAUUGUCAAAUGGUGGAAGCAUAAGAUCCUCGGCGGCUACAAGCAGUUUACAGUGCUGCAAGAAUGUGCGACCGAUUCGGAGGAGCUCAUCUACCAGGGACGGGCUCCGUCGGCCUGUAGCGCCCCGCCCGAUCUACUGCUGACCAGUGACCGCGAGCAGAUGCUGAAGGUUAAGUCGUCCUCCACUGGCGGUGGGCCGACCGGUGGCAAAGGUGGCCAACAUCAUCACCCUCACCAUCAUCACCAUCACGUGCAGCAGGCGCAUCAUCAGCAUCUCCGGUCGAUGGCGGCCCAGCAGCAGCAUCAGCAGCAGCAGUCCAAUCAACACUCAGCACUCUCCCAUCAUCACCAACAGCAACAGCAGCAGCAGCAACAACAUCAGCACAGUAAAUCGCAGAAGGAGGGCCUGCGCAAGUGCUCCGGGAAGGCAGUGGUUGCGGCCGGUGGUUCCAACACGAUGAACACGACGGCCGCCACCAUCCGGAGCGAUCCAGAUCGGGUGCGACUGGAGGAAUUCACUUGCGAUGUAUCGCUGGAAGAUGGCAAAAAGCCGCAGCCGCUACAGUUUUCCUUCACCCUGUACGAUCUGGAUGGUCACGGAAAAAUAACCAAAGAUGACAUUGCCGGCAUAGUGUCUACAAUAUACGAAUCCAUAGGCAAAUCGGUAGUAGUUCCUCAUUACGGUAGUAAAACCAUCAACGUUCGGCUGACGGUGUCGCCGGACGGCAAGUCGGCCACAAAGUCUUCGGCGGCGGCCGCAAUAAAGAAAGCCAUCAUCACGCCCCGCCGCCGCUACCGGCCACGGAAGCUCAUCUCCGACGACGACGGGAGCGACACGUCGGAGAACGUGCCGCGGAUGCUGCGAAACCGAACCGAGCCCGGGGCGACGGCAGCCAACAAUGGCGGCAGCGGUAGCGCCGGUGCGGGAACACCACCAAAAAACGGACCAACUAGCGGUGGCGGCCAACAGCAGCAGCAGCAGCAGCACCAUCACCAUCAUCACCAUCACGCUUCGCCAGCGGUGGCGUCGACGGGUGCUGCGGUCAAGGUGAAGGAAUCGAAUCUUUCCAAAGCGGCCGCAUUGGCCGGCGACGCAUCGAGCCCCGCGCACCGCUCGACAGGACUAAGCAAAAGCUCGGAGGCAACUCCGGUUACGGAAACGACGACGUACCACAACAACCUCACCACGGCAAAGGUUUCCCUAAACAACGCCAGUUCCGUUAAGCAGCAGCAGGGACAAGAGAACGUGUACGAAAGCAUUGCCAACCUCAAAUGCUGCAACCUUCAGCAGCAGCAGCAACUACAGUUGACGACGCACAAUGCAACCGGUGGUGGCCGGAGUCCGCUUUCGCCACAGUCAGCCGGUGCCGGCGGAUUGAACCAUUCGACUGCCUCGACGGCGGCCCUGGUAUGCCGGGAGUGUAGUAUCGGUGAGGAAGCAGCAGCAGGUACCCCUAUGUUGCCGUCCCUCCAGACGGUGGUCUUGUCGCCAUCGGUGGCCCUAACCGCUGCCGUCGUUGCCGGCCGCUCGAAGCGAAAGCUCGUGCGAAAGACACGCUCCUCGCGAAAGGUGGUCCCAACGGGGAAGGGCGGCGAACAGUUUGCGGGUCGACCGCGUGCCCGCAGCCUGUCGGUGGGAAACGAGAACUGCUACGAGAACGUCAUCGGGCAGGUGGCCCAGGAUGAGUGCUGGAAGAGCUCGCUGUGUCGGCGCGAACUGAUCGAGAUCAUACGCGAGAGUAUGGUGAAGAACAGUCUCUGUUUUCAACCCAAUCGGAAAGCGAUGGAAAGUUCACCGAAACAUCGCCACCGUUCGCACACGAUAGCUUCCCGAGUCGGUGAUCAGCAUCAGGUACUCUUCAACUACCACCACCCGGCGGCGGCUGCCCUGGUGGCGGCUCGCGGCGUUGAGGUCAGCGCAGGGCGGUGCGGGGGCACCGCCACGACAGCACUCGUCUCGGUGGCUGCCGGCCACGAGACAACCAAUCUGUGCGGCUACGAUUCGUACCUUCACAAAACGAUUUGUGCUGCAGCGGCGGCAACCAAUGGAACGGCGUCAGCCGUACAUUUGGCGACCCACACGGCGGCCACGACAGCCAUCACCGGCACUGUGGGACCGAUGCCACUGGCAACCCACACCCCAAACCGCUUGCUGCUCCAGCACCACCAUCAUUCGAAGGCCAAAAGGAAGGAGCACCGCAUGACGGUGGCAGCGGCUAGUAUCGCGCGCACCGGCAGUCACGCGACACCGGUGAAGCUCAGCACGGCCCUUCUCAACCAGCAGUACCCGAAUCUCUCGGCCGAACAGAAGCUGACGCGGUCGAUCAACCAAGUCGAACAGUGGCUUGACCACCGCAGCCCGAAGCUCGUGACGAAGAGCAAGCUGACCGAUGAAACCGUGCAACUGCUGGCCGCAUCGGGGCGCCCGCUGAAGCGUUCGAAGAGCAAGGAAGACCUAGUGACGGCGGUCGGCGGCAAGCAAGCACCGCAGGCUGCUGGGGCUACUUUUCUCACCACCGAGCUGUUGCUGGAGAACCUGAAGAUCAGUGAGGAUAUUGCCGAGAUCGCGGUCGUUACACCGAAGAAGGUGUACAACAAAGAAUCGCUCAUUGCGUCCGCCACGAAGAAGAACAUCAAAACCCACCACCAGCGUACGGCGCUGAUGGCGGAGGAAAAACCAAACGCUGCUGGUGUCAGCAGUGCCACGGGGCAGGUGGUGCAGUUGCAGUACGGUUCCGUACCGGUCAAUGCCGAUCCGAGUGAGUGCGAGAAUCUGAUCCGCAUGUCGGAUGACGGCGACGAAGAGGCGCCUGGCAUUCAGCGGUCAAACCAACGCAAGGCACAAUCGUCCCAGUCUCAGCCAGCGUCUCCUCAGCAUCACGCACAGCAGCACCAACAACGGUUCUGCUCUGCUGCAGGUGGUGGUCGGCCGCACUCCGUGUCGUCGGCAUCGGCUGCCUCAACGACGGCCGUCCAUCGGUACGUGCACGAGCACAUCCAUCACCAUUACCACCACUUCGAGAACGAUCCCGACGAGUCCUGA